AUGGCGUUAUCGGGCUGUACACUGUUCUUCUAUGAGACCGAUGACCGCUCCGGCAUAGACCACACCAGUGUCCCCAAACAUGCAGUGUGGGCUGAGAACAGCAUUGUCCAAGCCGUCCCCGAGCACCCCAAGAAGGACUUUGUCUUCUGCCUCAGCAACUCCCUGGGAGACGCCUUCCUCUUCCAGACGUGCAGUCAGACAGAGCUGGAGAAUUGGAUCACUGCUAUUCACUCGGCCUGUGCCACGGCGGUCGCCCGGCAGCACCACAGAGAGGACACGGUGAGAUUGCUCCGUACAGAGAUCAAACGCCUGGAACAAAAGAUUGAUAUGGACGAGAAGAUGAAGAAGAUGGGAGACAUGCAGCUGUCUGCGGUCACAGACACCAAGAAGAGGAAGACUAUUCUGGACCAGAUUUUCUUGUGGGAGCAGAAUCUGGAGCAGUUUCACAUGGACUUGUUCAGGUUUAGGUGCUACCUGUCUAGUCUGCAGGGAGGAGAGCUGCCCAACCCAAAGCGUCUCCUGGCAUUUGCUUCUCGCCCCACCAAGUUGACAAUGGGCCGCUUGGGUAUCUUCUCAGUAUCGUCCUUCCACACGCUGGUUGCGGCUCGCUCAGAAAGCGGAGUGCGACGUCGGACCCAGGCCAUGUCACGUUCAUGUAGCAAACGUAAAAGCCGGUUCUCCUCCCUGUGGGGGCUGGACACUACCUCAAAAAAGAAAACGAAAGCUCAUCCUACCAUUAACCAGGUCUUUGCUGAUGAAACUGCAAAACCAACUGGAGAUGGUGUUUAUAUGGACAAUACCAAGGAACAUUCAAAAAGUGAGGAUAGCACAUUGAAAAGUCUUCCACGCCCCAGCACAGAGAGUGACCUGUGGGUGCCCGACCACAUCACUCCAUCCUGGGUGUGUCUGCCCAGUGACCAGCCUGUGCUAGCCAUCAUCCAGCCCGGGGAUUCUGUGCUGUGUGUUCUGGAAAAUAUAUGCAAGGCCCAUCACCUCGAUCCCACCAAGCACUACUUGCGUCUCAAGUUCCUUAUUGAAAAUCAAGUGCAAUUCUACAUUCCCAAACCGGAGGAAGAUGUGUGCGACCUGCUUUACAAAGAAAUUGAGAUCUGCUCCAAAAUAACCAAAGUCAUCCAGUUUGACAGAGAUGAGUCCUGUAUGAUCGGAUAUGGUUUCUCAAUCUCUGUGGUGGAGGAGGAUGGGGUGCAGCAACUGUAUAUCACAGAUGUCAAAGCUGGAGGACUUGCCUUCGCCAAAGGUCUGAAUGCUGGAGAUGAGAUUUUGCAGCUGAACAGGAAGGAUGCCCCCUGUCUGAAUUUUUGUGACAUGAAAGCAGCAUUUUCGCAGGCCUCUCUGUCCCUGGCUGUAAGCACUCUGCCCCCUGUGGACCGAAGGCAGCUGUGCUUCCUGCCCCCGCGACGCUUUGGGGCUGAAGAUGAUCUCUACACAGACAUCUUCUCACAGAGCCAAGAGGAGAUUCUGGAUGAUGGUGUGGGUCUGUUCUUGGAGAGCUCUGGAGACAGUCUGGACGAGGACUCUGAACUGUUCAGCGACUUUGAUGAGUGCAGAAAGAGCACUGAGCAAGUUGCCGCGUUCUGCCGUAGCCUCCAUGAGAUGAAUCCAUCAGAGUGUCUGUCCUCCUCCCCCAGCCCAGAUUCUCCUUACCCCUCUCCGACUCCUCCUAGGCAGCUCUCGGACGCGGACAAGCUUCGGAAAGUCAUUGGAGAGCUGGUGGAGACAGAAUGCACCUAUGUCAAAGAUCUCAAUUGUCUUAUAGGAAGGUACCUGACCCCUCUGCAGAAGGAGAGCUUUUUAACACAAGAUGAGCUGGAUGUGCUGUUUGGGAAUCUGCCCGAGAUGGUGGAGUUUCAAGUGGAAUUUCUGAAAACGCUGGAGGAUGGGACCAGGCUGGUGCCAGAUCUGGAGAAGCUGGAGAGGGUCGAGCAGUUUAAGAAAAUCCUCUUCUCGCUGGGUGGCUCCUUCCUUUAUUAUGCAGAUCGCUUUAAGAUCUACAGCGCCUUUUGUGCCAGCCACACCAAAGUCCCCAAGGUCCUGGCUAAGGCUAAAUCAGACCCAGACUUCAAGGCCUUCUUGGAUGAGAGGAACCCCAAGCAGCAGCACUCGUCCACCCUGGAGUCAUACCUGAUCAAACCCAUCCAGAGGGUGCUCAAGUACCCCCUGCUGCUGAAAGAACUGUACUCCCUCACUGACCCCGACAGUGAGGAGCACUACCACCUGGACAUUGCCAUGAAAGCUAUGAACAAAGUGGCCAGCCACAUCAACGAAAUGCAGAAGAUUCACGAGGAGUUCGGGGCUGUCUUUGAUCAACUCAUUACAGAGCAGAUUGGGGAGAAGAAAGAGGUUGCUGAUCUGUCCAUGGGAGAUCUUUUACUACACACUACAGUCACAUGGCUCAACCCUCCAGCCUCAUUGGGGAAAUGGAAGAAGGAACCACAGAUAGCUAUAUUUGUGUUCAAGACAGCUGUGGUUUUUGUCUGCAAGGAUGGGUCCAAACAGAAAAAGAAAAUGGGCAGCACACACAGAGUGUCCAUGUCUUCUGAGGACAAGGACCCUUUCCGCUACCGCCACAUAAUUCCCACGAAUGCUCUUCAAGUGCGCUCCUUGACCAAUGCAGAUGGUGAGGGCUCAGCUGUGUGUGAGAUUGUCCACACUAAAUCUGAAUCCGAGGGUCGUCCUGAGAGGGCCUUUCAGCUGUGUUGUAGUUCCCCAGAGAGCAGGAAAGAGUUUGUGAAGUCUGUGCACUCCAUCCUGAGGGAGAAGCACCGGAGACAGCUGCUAAAGACUGAGAGCCUGCCCCUGAGCCAGCAGUACGUGCCCUUUGGAGGGAAGCGUCUGUGUGCCCUCAAAGGAGCCAGGCCCGUCAUAAAUAGAGCAGCCUCUGCCCCAACACGUACCCUUGGCAGAAGGAAGCUGGUCCGAAACCGCUUCACCAUUGACACGGACAUCGUAUUCGACAGCGACCCUGACCUCACCUCUCCCCCUGACGCCUCCGAAGCCACCCCGGAGAGGCUCCACCGAGGCAACAGUGACCCCCAGCAUCACAAGUCAGACACAGACCGCUGGGUGGAGGAGCAGUUCGACCUGGACGAGUACGAGGACCGCGACGAGAUGAAGGAGACAGACAUUUUGAGCGACGAAGACGAGGAAUUCUGCAGAAAGCUCAGGAAGGCCUCCAUGGAAGAGCCGAUGUCCACCCUGUCAUUGGAAAGCGAGGAGACCGAGAGCGAAGACCUCGUGUCCCCGAUGGAGGACUUGAAGCGGAAUAGCAUUAGCGCAGAGGAGGAAGAGCAACAGAUGCAAAAUGACGUUUGGGUCCGAAGAGGGUCCGCAAACUGUGAAGCAUAGAACUGUUUUGGACAAUAUAAUAUAAAUGAAAUAAAAUAAGGUCCACCAUAACCAGGGCUUCACAUUAACAUAAUUGGCUAAUAAAAGAUUAAUUUCAGUGUUGGCUAGUACCACAUUAGGUUUAACUAAUUACUAUUUAUACAAGCUUUACUUUAGCUUAUGCUUAUUUAUAGUAUAUUUUGCUAAGCUUUGAAAUGGUUACUUAAUUUGAAACAAAAACAUGGUAAUAUUAAUGUAACAAAAAAUUUUAAAGAAAUGAAAGAAAAUUUGAUUUAUUGUCACAUAUUAUUGCCAAGAAGUUAAUGACAAGCCCUGACAAUUACCACACUACUCACUAUCAGUGCAUGGGCAUUGAUGUACCGCUAGUAGAAGUUAUUAUAUAGCCUACUUACCCUUAUGCUAAGUGCUUUGUGUACAGGUAGAAGACGAUGGCGGUAAAGAGGAGUGGACUGGGUUAGCCGGCUGUAGCUAGCUUGAUGACCUUUUGGAACAGAGUUUUAAAACAGUCUUUCUGAAGGCUUAGUUUGGCUUGAACAUGCUAGUUUAUGUUGCUAGUUCACUCAAAACUACCAGCGUAACAAACAUUUAUACUUUAGUUUUCAUUUCACUGGGAAGAGGCUGCGUUUCUUAUUGUGUGGUCAAUGUUUUUAGCAAAAGAUGACAAAGCUAUUUUUAGCUCAAAUGUAUCACACUAGCUAGCACCUUAUUCACAUUAGCUUAUAUCGUGCUGUUGUGAGACUUAAUCGUUUGCAAAAUGGAGCCAAGUUUAGGCUACCAUUGCUAAUAUUGUCACUUGUUUAAACAUUCCACAUUUAACUUUUGCAAAUCGCAGUGUUUAGCCAGUCUAAAUUCCUUGCUUAAAAUGAAUGCUGUUUAAUACUAUUCCAGCACAAAUUUAUCCUCCACUCCUUUUUACUUACUAUGUCCAUACCAGAAAUGGAAGCAAUAUGCUAUUCUAUUUUUAUUUUUCUCAAAUUAAAUGCUGUCUAGACAAAAGAACACAUUUUAAUGGAACAAUCAUGAAGAAUCCGUUGCUUCAAUUGGCAUGGUUUGCACAUUUAGGCAGUGUUGUACAGUCCUGCCUGCUCUUACCAAAUUUCAACAUUGUCCAUUUUAUUUCUCGUCUGUGAAAUAUGUUAGUCAAGGGCUGUAAAAAUUGCAAAUAAUUUUCUUGAUUGUAUAUUUUAACACAGUUUUAGGGUCACUAUCUUGCUAUGUACAUGAGUUGAUUUGCUGUUUUUUUAUCUUGGAGAAUAGUGUUAUUUUGUAAACUAUUUAAAUUAUGUCAUAGCCAUAAUGGCACACGGGAUUUUAAUGUUGUAACUCAAUCCUGUUUUACUUGAAUUUGCUGUUAUGACUUUUGAUUUAUUGUGAACUAAUUGUGAUAAACCUUUUAACAUUUCACAUGCACAUUCUUCUUUAGAGAGAAUUUGCACAUAGCUACUGUGUGUAAUUAAAAAUGUUAACUGGAAAUCAAUUUUAUUUAUUCAUCUGUGUUUGAAUAUGUUUUUGACAGUUAUGGAACUUGCAUAAGCAAUCAAGGGAUGUUGUGUUUUGCCUGAAAAAGCAAAAGAACUUGUAAACAGCUUUUAGUGCUACUAAGACUGCAUUUUUAUUACUGUGUGUACAUAAAAGAUGUAUUGAUAUCACAAUAAAUAUAGUUGUUUCCUAUGUU